CUCAGUCAAACACUACAAACCCACCAUUCUCCUUGCCCAACAACGACUCGUCUCCUCCCGUCCUUGUCCACGUCAAACAGUAGAGCGCAGAGCAGAGCGGAGCAGAAUUUAACUGCUACCACUGGUUCAUGAAUGGCGAACGAGCUGGAGUCUUAUUAAAUUUUUUUAAGAUCCAACAAUUAGUGCUGCUGCUGUCGUCGUCGUCCUCGUCGUCUGAUCCAACAGUCCGGACGCGGAAGGCCGAGCCUUACGGCCCGAGAUUAGUGCAGGAUUUCACGUGCCUGCCUUGUCUCGCGUACAACAUGGCAUGGAUCUCUGGUUUGGCGCUCUGAAGCUUCCAUUGGCGACGGUGUUAUGUGAAGUAGUUAGCAUUCACAAAACAUGCAUGCAUUCCUUUUCUCCUACCCUAUGAUUUAAAGCCCUGCUCCUCCUCCUCCUCCUCCGUCUCACCAUUAAGCAGUGUCUUGGUGGAAGGAUUGGCGAAUGGGGCAGCAGUUGGGAGACACGGUGCUCACCAAGGUGUUCGUGGGAGGACUGGCGUGGGAGACGCGAGAGGCGGCGCUGCGUGAGCACUUUGGUCGCUUCGGCGACAUUCUCGAGGCUGUGAUCAUCUCCGACAAGAUCACCGGCCGUUCCAAGGGCUACGGCUUCGUGACGUUCAAGGAAGCCGAGGCCGCGAAGAGGGCGUGCGAGGACGCGACGCCAGUGAUCGACGGCCGGCGCGCCAACUGCAACCUCGCCUCCCUCGGCGUCAAGCGAGCUUCGACUCCCUCCGACAGGGCACCUCUUCCCUCCCACGGGCAACGCCGCCAGCCGCCGCCAGGCAUGGCAGUGGGACCCAGAGGCACGCCGUCGCCGUCGCAGGCAGCGCAGUGGUAUUACCCCCUCCCCUCUAUGCCGCCGCCACCAUUCCAACUCCACCACUACCACAACGCCCUCCCCUUCUACCCCGCCGCCGCCUACGGGUUCUCUCCUCGUUACAUCACAGACCCGAGCUCCAUCGGGAAGGCUGGGCAUCGCAGUGGAGCAGCACAAGGUGGACGGUCUUCUGCUAUCGGAAUGCUGCCGAUGCACCACCCUGCGCACCAAGGGCUGGGAAUCCCUCCUCCAUUCUUCCCCGCUCCCAACUCCACUGCCACGAUGCCGCCGCCACCACCAUCACCACCACUCCCGGUUCUGCAGUGGCACGAGUGAAAGGAGGAAGUUACAAAACGCUGCCAGGCCGACGGGUGCUCCAGACCAAAAGUAGCUUCUGUGAUCGCUAACCUAUUUUGCGGUAAACCUCUGAUGCUUUUGAGGCCAUUUGUCUUUCACUUCUGUUCACUUUGUUCAGUUCAGUGUCUGCUUUAUUUACAUA